AUGCCGGGACCCUCGCAUCCUGUACGGGAUGCACUUCCGCCCGAGCCUCCCCAGAGAGCUCGAUCACUACCACCAUGGAUGGAUCGUAAUAACGAGUUUGGGGACAUGAAGUUUCUCGUUUUCGAGCCGUUGAAAGGCUUUAAGCUCCCGCAAAACCCAUGGAUAAUUUCAAAGAGCAUUACCAACGUGGUUGGAGAGCUUACCGAAAGCAGCCACUCGAUGGAAUUCGGGCAGAAAUAUCUGAUCAAAACCCGAAACGUUGCGCAGUACACAAAAAUGCAAAGCAUCACGCAACUCAUCGAUGGUACAAAAGUAUCCAUCACCCCUCACGCUACGCUGAACACAGUCCAGUGCGUAAUAUUCGCCCCGGAGCUGAAAGGACUAAAGGACGAAGAAAUUUUGCUCAACAUGGAAAGUCAAAACGUCAAGCAAGUCCGACGAUUCACCCGAAAGGUGAAUGACGAAAUACAACCAACGAACUCUUUCCUGAUACGCGUAGAAGCUGGAAAAAUACCGGAAUCCCUUCGCAUAGGGCUGUUGCAGGUGCGAACGAAACCAUACUACCCAAAACCAAUGCUGUGCUACAAAUGCGCCAGCUAUGGGCACACAAAAAUGCGCUGCUCAAAGGGACAGGUGUGUGGAAACUGCGGAACCGCAGCACACGGUGAAUGUUCGACCCAUUCCGCUUGCGUGAACUGCAAAGGCGAACACAGCGCAUUUUCUCGCGAAUGCCCUGCGUUCCAAUUUGAAGAACAAGUCAUCAAAAUAAAAGUCGACCACAACUGCACCUACAAGGAAGCUCGGCAAAUGGCCCUCCAACAACAUCAGCGAACAAGUGCUGUACAGCAGCGAAUCACAUUUGCGCAACAAACUACCACGGUGGAUGAUAAAGACAUGAAAAUCAAGCGGCUCGAAGAAGAACAAAAUGAACUGAAGAAAACGAUCGUAGAUCAGAUGAAAAAGAUGGAUACCCAGAGCAAGCUCAUCGAAGCUCUUCUGAAGAAACUGAAAGAACCAAAUGGAAAUUUGCAGAAAAAUAAGAAUAACCCAACGAACAAAGCCACUACACAAAUCGAAGAAAACCAAAGCUCGACCCAAUCCAACAAUGUCUGCGAGAGCAACAACAAUGCUGAAGCAACGGAAAGCCUCGAAACCGACAACGAAACAAAUGACCAGGAAUCAAUGUCUACAUCCGACACAGAAUCAGAAAAUUCGGCCACAUCAGUCAUCUCAGCACAAUCCCGCAAACGAAACCACAACCUGGAAAACUUCUCAUCGGAAGAAGAAGAACUAAGAAAUGCAGUAAAAAACAUGGCAUCCAACGAAAUCGCAGUCAUCUCGCCCAUCGCUUCUCCCACUCUUCCCUCCGAACAACGAUCGCCAACUGCCAAACCAUCGAAGAAAAAACAUCGCCACUGA